UGUUUCAAUCCUUCCAAAUCUUUUCUGCGUUCUAUUACGUGCGUGGUCGGCGUGUGUAAUUAAUCCAGUGUGCUGGCCACCACCGCUGAACGUUAAUCGUCCGGCCGGCCAUGGGGCGUGGCGAUGGAUACGACGAUGCGGCGGGCGCGCUUCGGGGGUUGGUGCGGGAAGCGGGUGAGUGCUUGGUGUUGGACGGAGCCCUGGGCACGGAGCUGGAGGCUCACGGCGCGGACCUGCAGGACGAGCUCUGGAGCGCCAGCUGCCUCGUCUCCGCCCCUCACAUCAUCCGCAAGGUCCAUUUGGACUACCUCGAAGCAGGCGCGAACAUCAUAACGACGGCGUCAUACCAGGCCACGCUGCAGGGGUUCCAGUCUCGAGGCCUGUCGAGCGAGCAGAGCGAGACGUUGCUGCGGCGGAGCGUCGAGAUCGCGCAGGAGGCGCGAGCCAUCUUCGUGGAAGGCCGGUCAAAGGGCCCCUACGCCGGGCGCGAAAACGAUGGCUCAAGAGAGCGCCGGCCCGUGCUGGUGGCGGCGUCGGUCGGGAGCUACGGGGCAUACCUCGCGGAUGGCUCCGAGUACACCGGGGAUUACGGCAGGUCGGUCACCAAGGAAGCGCUCAAGAACUUCCACCGGAGGCGGCUCCAGGUGCUCGCGGACGCAGGGCCGGAUCUCAUCGCCUUCGAGACGAUCCCGAAUAAGCUGGAAGCACAGGCUUACUCUGAGCUGCUGGAGGAGAACGACAUAAGGAUCCCCGCCUGGUUCUCGUUCACCUCCAAGGAUGGAGCCAACGCGGCGAGCGGGGACCCUAUCACCGAGUGCGCGGCCGUCGCCGAUUCCUGCAGGAGGGUCGCCUCGGUCGGGAUAAACUGCACCGCUCCCGGCCUAAUCCACGGCCUAAUCCUCUCCAUCAGAAAGGUGACGAGCAAAGCGAUCGUGGUGUACCCGAACUCCGGGGAGACCUAUGUGGCCGAGACGAAAGAGUGGGUGGAUUCGGCUGGUGCGUCGGGGACGACGGAUUUCGCGUCGUGCGUCGGCAAGUGGAGGGAGGCGGGCGCUUCGGUGGUGGGAGGGUGCUGCAGGACGAGUCCUGCAACGGUGGGAGCCAUCGCGCGAGCGCUGCGGGAGGCGGAUGCCGCCGAUGUCUUUUACCGGCCGAAGCCGUGCUCUCUAGUGUUUUCACAGAAAUCGUAAUUUUCCAUCCAUCGGAUUAGCAUAGCAUGUAUGCAGACGUGCACUAGGCUGGUAGUAGCAGGUUAGGAGCGUACGUUUUCUUUUUUGUACUCGAACAAUCAACAAACGUGAGCUUUAUUAA